ACUCAAAAUAGACCGUCGUCAAACAGCAUCCUUAUGUUGACAUGAAGUAUUUUAUUAUUUUUAAAAAAAUUUUUAGCUUACUAAAUAUGUUCAAAUUGCAUGUUGAUUGCGGGACUAUUAGAACGUAGCGUUUAUAAGCAUAAUUAGUAACAUUAAAGAAAUGCGGACUUGACAAGGAAGAGGGAUUUAAAGGUCGUUGAAGGCGUUUCUCAGAGCUUUGAAAGCACAUCCUGUAAAUAUGAAGAGUCGGCUCAGAUAAACAUACUGCUUACAUUUCAAACGUAUUCCUGAUUUUCAAUUUCUUUGUUUUAAAAUUAUAUUUUAAAUUGAAUAUAUAUAUAUAUAUAUAUAUAUAUAUAUAUAUAUAUACCGGUUCCGUGUGUAGCUUGUCAUUCAGGAUGUGGAGGGUAGGUCCUGUUUUAAGGCUCGCGCGGAGAGAAGCCGUCAGACUCUGUUCCAGUCACUCGCGCAAGCCUUCUACAUUGUCCGCCUCCAAGUCAAGCUCAAAUUCUCGUCUUCGAGUUGAAAAACUGAAGCGGAAAAAACACAGGGAGAACGCCAUAUUGUUCACUCAACACCUUACUGCUGAAGAGGACCUUAUCAAAUGGAGUGAGAAGGAGAGAAUUCUCUACACUGCUCCUACAUCACGUGGGGCAAAGAAAGAUACAAGCUCGGCAUUCCCAUCCUCAUACAGCCCAGAGUAUGUGGAAUCCAGCUGGUAUCAAUGGUGGGAGAAGGAAGGAUUCUUCAGCCCCGAGCACCAUGACAUUCAGGAGUUAUCUCAUGCGGUGGAUCAGAACUUCUCUUUGUGUAUACCGCCGCCAAACGUGACAGGGACUCUGCAUCUGGGGCAUGCUCUGACUGUAGCAAUAGAAGAUGCUUUGGUUCGAUGGAGAAGGAUGCAGGGCCAAAGAGUACUAUGGGUCCCUGGCUGUGACCACGCUGGUAUAGCAACACAGAGUGUAGUGGAGAGGAUGCUGCUUCGAGAGCAAGGGAAGUGCAGGCGAGACUUCACAAGAGAGGAGUUUUUACAGGAGGUUUGGAAAUGGAAAAAUGAGAAAGGAGAUGAGAUAUAUCACCAGCUGAGGAAACUUGGCGCUUCCUUAGACUGGAGUAGAGCCUGUUUCACCAUGGAUAAAGGUUUCAGUAAGGCGGUAACUGAGGCCUUUGUCCGUCUAUGUGACGCUGGUCUGAUCUAUCGCUCGGAGGGUCUCGUCAAUUGGAGUUGUGCUCUGGAGUCCGCCAUCUCAGACAUAGAGGUUGAUUUGAAGGAACUGUCUGGGAAAACUAUGCUGUCUGUUCCUAGCUAUAGACAUGAAGUGGAGUUUGGAACCAUGCUCACCUUUGCAUACCCGAUAGAUGCUCACAGUGGAGAGAUAAUGGUCUCAACAACUCGUCCAGAGACAAUGCUGGGAGAUGUGGCCAUAGCGGUUCACCCUGAUGAUCCUCGAUACCAGGAUUUUCAUGGAAAGCAAUGCCGCCACCCCUUCAAUGACAGACUGCUGCCGAUUGUCACUGAUAGCAUUGUGGCCAUGGAGCUCGGCACAGGUGCAGUGAAGGUUACUCCUGCUCAUGACCACACAGACUUCUUGUUGUCACAGAGACACACUCUGCCACGCCUCACUGUGAUUGGAGGAGAUGGGAAGAUGACUCCGCUCUGUGGACAAUGGCUGGAGGGGGUGAAGCGGUUUGAUGCCAGACAGCUCGUAGUGAAUGCUUUGGUUGAGAAAAAGCUGUUCAGAGGAAAGAAGGAGCACGCCAUGACCUUACCUAUUUGCAGCCGCUCAGGGGAUGUCAUCGAGCCUCUUCUAAAGAAGCAAUGGUUUGUUCGCUGCCACGGAAUGGCUCAAAAAGCUAUACAGGCUGUCGACCAGGGUCAGCUGGAAAUCGUCCCUCCCUUUUACACCAAAACAUGGAAGAACUGGCUGUCCAACAUCAGUGAUUGGUGCAUUUCCAGGCAGCUGUGGUGGGGGCAUCAGAUCCCUGCUUACACAGUGGAAUUUCCUCCCUCUACUGACAAACAAGAGGACCAAUGGGUCUGGGGAAGGAAUGAGGAUGAGGCCCGUCAGAGAGCUUCUGUCAAAUAUGGAGCGAAACCACAGGACAUCAGUUUGACUCAGGACUCCGAUGUUCUGGACACCUGGUUCUCUUCUGCGCUGUUUCCUUUCGCCAUGUUGGGCUGGCCUCAACAGACUAGAGAUUUUCAGCGUUUCUACCCAAAUUCCAUCCUGGAGACGGGCAGUGACCUGAUCUUCUUUUGGGUGGCGAGGAUGGUCAUGCUGGGCACAGAGCUGACAGGCCAGUUGCCUUUUAAGCAGGUUCUGCUUCACUCUUUGGUGAGGGAUAAACAUGGUAGGAAAAUGAGUAAAUCCUUGGGAAAUGUCAUCAACCCCUUGGAUGUAAUCCAUGGAGUCUCCUUGGAGAGGCUUCAACAGAAAGUUAAAGAGGGGAACCUCGACCCCAGGGAGCAGGCGAUUGCCAUGGAAGCUCAGAGGAAAGACUUCCCUCAGGGGAUCCCUCAGUGCGGAACUGAUGCUCUGAGAUUUGCCCUUUGCUCUCACAAAAUUAUGGGAGAAGACAUCAGUCUAUCAAUCUCACAGGUUUUGAAUUGUAGACAUUUCUGUAAUAAAGUGUGGCAGACGCUGAGAUUCACUCUCGGCGUGCUGGGUGACAACACUACACCAGUGGGAACCCUAGAGGAGGUGUCUCAUUUGAGUAGCAUGGACCAGUGGAUCUGCUCCCGACUCUACAGUACAGUAGCAGAAAUAGAGAAGGCCUUUGAAGACUAUGAGCUGCACACUGUCACUGCUGCUUUGUACUCCUUCUGGGUCCACAACCUGUGUGAUGUCUACAUGGAGAGUGUGAAACCUGUGCUACAGGAGCAAAAUGAAGGAACAGGGGUCACGCAGAAUAACAGCAAAGUGAGACCAGCAGCAAGUGUCGUCCUCUAUCACUGUGUGUCUUUGUCUCUGGCCCUCCUCUCCCCAAUCAUGCCCUUCCUGACUGAGGAACUGUGGCAGAGACUCCAGCCAUUCAGAACUGAAGCUGCAGCCGCCCAGAGGAGCCUGUGUGUCCAGCCUUACCCCCGCUCGUCUCAACUGAAACACUGGCAUUUCCCAGAAGAGGAAAGAGAUUUCCUCCUGGUGCAGGAAGUGAUCCGAGUGGCUCGCUCCCUUAGGGCUCAGUGUGGUUUGACCAAAGAAAAGCCUGACAUGUGGGUGGUAUGUUCACACAGUCAGGCCCAGAUUCUCCUUCACUUUGGAUCUGCUGUUUGGACUUUGAGCAGAGUCUCCCGCAUCAAUAUCUACUGUCCUGAAAGAGCUCUCGCCACUGUCUCUUCCACUCCCCCACCCAGAGGCUGCCUUGUAGGUGUUGUGGACCACACGUGUCAGCUGCACCUUCCUCUUCAGAGUGCCAUGAACAUUGACAAACAAAUGGCCCAGCUCAGCAAACGUCGAAGCAAGCUUGCCCCCAAACUGGAUGAGAUCCUCCGCAAAAUCCAAUCUCCAGACUACCUAACCAAAGUCCCAGCACACAUCAGGGAGCAGAUGGACAAUAAGAUUUCAGCCUUUCAGCAGGAGUUGGAGACUAUUGAUGAUCAUCUGAAGGUGCUGCAAAUGACAGAAUAUCACACCAGCAGCUAUUCCAGUGAUGGUGUUGAUCAGUAUCAUCCACAAAGUUCUUGAGAGCACAUGAACGCAAAAGGAGAAAAAUCAUGACAUAAGAGCAGAAGUACUUGGGUGUAUAAUUAAUAGUAUUGAAAAAUAUAUCAUAAUUAAAAAAUAUAUAUAUUUCACCAUGUGUUAUGUACCUUGUGAGCAGCAACUGUCUGUGUACCCUCUCUGACAUCUGGAUUACAUGUGGAUGUGAAUGGACAGACUGGUGUUUACUUGCAUGAUGUUUGUAUUUGAAAGACACAAAUGUUGUCGUACUCCCAAAGUGGCACCCUGGGCCAGAUUUUAUAUUUACAUCGGUGAUACAUCUAAAUUGAAAUUGAAUAGCAAGAAAUUGAAUAGCUCUGUUUUUAACAUUUUCUUCAAUUUAUGAGACAACUUGCCACCCUAUUUAAAAUAUUCAAUAUUUUUUUAAAUAAUUGAAUCAUUCAAUUUCAAAUAAAAUCUAAAACUGAACCCUAAUAGAUACAUGUUGUCUACUAUGCGUGUAUAAUAAUAAUUUUAAAAAAAUCUGAUAUGCAUAUUAGCAUUAUGCAUAUUAGGCCAAUGUAGACACAGACCUCAAAUGACCUAUAAGAGUUAAGAUGCCUCCAUUCUGCAAAUCUGCAGAAAUAUAAAAUGGUUAUUAAUGAUUAGCAUGCCAUGUUGAGGCUAAUCACUCCGAAGCAAGUUAUGAGAUUAACAGUACACUGUGCUAAAUAACUGAGGGGGGGGGGGGUAUUUUCGGAGGUGGGAAUAAGUCAACAAAUUAACAUCAAGUUUCAAGGUAGUCCCAAGGUACUUUGGCAAAAAAGGAAAAUCGAGCACCCACUAAUUUUGAACCGUGUGAAGUCAAGUCAUGACUUGGUUUAAAUUGUAAAUCAAGUCAUACAAUCUGUCACAACAUAUGUUGGAGUGAUAAUCAAAUGUCUGAUUAUAACACAAAAAAGUGCAUUUACACCUAUAAAAGCUAAAUGAACAAUAGGGUAUGAAAUCAUAUGGAUAUAUUUGUAAACAUUUGCAUAUUUCAGUCUGUAUAGAUUAAUUGUGAACGCUGUUCUUCUGGUGUGGUCAGAUGUAACUAAUGUAAAACUGUAUAGUGUAGUUUGUGUUUUGAAACAUGUUUUAGUCCGUCUGGGUUGCAUAGAUAAAUGCAGAUGUUUGUGAACUAGCAUUGAUUUCAUUACUUCAGUAUUUACUUUCAAAGCAUGCUUUUCCCCAAA